CAGCCAACGACAACACUCCUGCUCGUCUCUGGUUAAGAGUUGUGUUCAGACAUCUUGGAGGAAACACCAGGGAAGACAAGACUGUGAACAAGACUUGAUUGAGCACUUUACUUUAACUCUCCAUAUCUGCUGUUAACAAGACAAAGAAGGUGCUGAGUCAGGAUGAGUGAGGUUCCUGCGCUGAACUAUGCGGUGCUGGGCCCAGCUGAUCUAGACGACGUCAUGACUUUGCAUAACAAGUAUUUCUUCCCUCGAGAAAGCUCAUACAUGAUUGUUGGUGUUACCACAGCCAUGAGAAGUGAUGAAGAAGAUAUUGAAAAAUGUCUGGAGUCUGGAGUGUCAGUGGGCAGCAGAGAACAAACAACGGGACGUCUGGUCGGUGUUUCUUGAGUUACAUCAUCACUUCAAACUCUUCAUGGUAUAAUGAUGAGGCCAAGUGCAGCACCCAAGCUGAGACGCUGUGCUGAGCGGUCGUCAGCUGUCUCUCCUCAGUCCCGACACCUGGUGGAGGAGCUUUGCGACGACAACAACAAUGGCAACUGGUUUUCGAAGGAGAGUUAAUACUGUGUGUAUUGACCUCAUAAAGGGCACAAUCCCCAGCGCAUCGAUUAAUGUGUUGGUGCCGAUGAUCAUCCGCGAUGUAUAUGGCAUCCAGCGUGAAUCCCUGUGUGGUGUUGCAUUAAAUGGACUAUCCCGGAUUUUCGUCAAGUUUUGUGAUACCAAGACCUACGAGCAGAUUGUCAACAAGUAUCAGGAUGUUAGCAAGCAAGUCACCCCAGCAGUCACAGUUAAGUUGCACGACGUUUCACAAUAUUAUACGUGGGUACGUAUGCGAAACGUGCCUUUUGAGGCUAACGAAGUUGACAUACGUGACGCCUUCAAAUACUAUGGGACGAUCCACCAGGUUACUAUGGGUCGGUGGUCUGAUGGCCACUUUGCUGGUUUACAAGAAGGGUCUUUCACGUUGAAAAUGACCCUGCGCCAACCAAUACCUUCGUACAUAAACCUAGAGGAGUUCCGUACCCAGGUGUAUGUUACGUAUCCUGGACAGAGACGAACUUGUCGCCUUUACGGCACAUUGGAUCACAUUGCUGCACAAUGCGUUAAGCGCCAGCCGCCCUCAGGACAUGGUCGUCGUCCGGAUGGUGAGGCUCCUCGUCGGAUUCUGGCAGAUGAAGUAGUCGAGGACUUACCGCGCCUGAAAUCGUGGGGUGAUGAGGUGGAUCGGGCCAUGCUCGUGGAGUCAUCCUGCGUGACUCUACCUGGUAUGGUCAACCAUGAUGUGGUAGAACAUGGUAGACUUGAGAGCCCUCAAGCAAGAGAGGAUGCUGACAUGGAAGCUAACAUUGUAUUGACAUUGAGCGACCUUUUAGCUUCACAGGAGUAUGAUUCUGUGCCGUGUGUGCCUGCGUUGGAGUGUUCAGAUGAGGAGAGAACACAGUUAAAGGAUGUCGAUCAGUUAAUUAACGUAGGUGAGGUAGAAGGUCCGAGAGUUCAUACUGUUGCGGUAGAAGCUCACAAGGAGAACAUUACAGGUCCUGAUAAAGUUGAGGAUGCUCUUUCUAGGAAGCGUGCGGUGACAAUGGCUCGGAUACUUAAUACUACGAAGAGUCGUGUCGACUUGUUCCAGGACCCAACAGUGAAGCGAGUGCUGUAUAUGGACAUGUGCUGUGUCCACCCAGACUAUGGUCGUCAGGGUGUUUGUAAAGAAGUUAGUGCAGCAAAAAAAAUAACUCGAAAAUGUAUGGGUCCAGUUGCUGGAGUCCUCAAUACACUAUUUGGAGUAAAUGUUGAAUGUCUGGAGCUGGAGCUUGAUCUUAGGGCCUUUGUGCCGGCGUCAGCACAUCAUCUGAAUCUGACGCCGCCACUCUCUUCCUCAUGUGGAUCUCCUCCCUCAUGUCAUUGUCCAAGGAAGCCUCACAAUGAACCUCCACCUCCACCAUACAUUGUUCCACUAAACAUGGUGACAUUUCUCACUCACUGCUGGGCUCGUCUUCAAGCGUCAGCACUGCCUCCUGUACGUGCACCUCUGCACUUGCCUCCGUCAAAGUCGUGGGUCCAGGUAAGUCCCGGCAUGCCCCACUCACACCAGUCUCAACGAUGGGCUUUUCCACCACCUCACUCCACAAACGACAGCGCCCUUGCUAGUGCCUUGAACCCUCAACGACUAAAUCCAACACGGGAACAGGUGCCUCACCAGUCUGUGCAGGCACCCGCCUCUGCUUCACACACAUUGCCACCAUAUGAUCAUAUGCCCUACACAGGCGGCAGGUACGUCGCUGCCCGGUGUACGACACUAGAACCUGUCUUGAAAUCCUCCAAAACAACAUAG